AUGACUACUACUACUACUACUACUACUACUACUACUACUACUACUACUACUACUACUACUACUACUACUACUACUACUACUACUACUACUACUACUACUACUACUACUACUACUACUACUACUACUACUACUACUACUACUACUACUACUACUACUACUACUACUACUACUACUACUACUACUACUACUACUACUACUACUACUACUACUACUACUACUACUACUACUACUACUACUACUACUACUACUACUACUACUACUACUACUACUACUACUACUACUACUACUACUACUACUACUACUACUACUACUACUACUACUACUACUACUACUACUACUACUACUACUACUACUACUACUACUACUACUACUACUACUACUACUACUACUACUACUACUACUACUACUACUACUACUACUACUACUACUACUACUACUACUACUACUACUACUACUACUACUACUACUACUACUACUACUACUACUACUACUACUACUACUACUACUACUACUACUACUACUACUACUACUACUACUACUACUACUACUACUACUACUACUACUACUACUACUACUACUACUACUACUACUACUACUACUACUACUACUACUACUACUACUACUACUACUACUACUACUACUACUACUACUACUACUACUACUACUACUACUACUACUACUACUACUACUACUACUACUACUACUACUACUACUACUACUACUACUACUACUACUACUACUACUACUACUACUACUACUACUACUACUACUACUACUACUACUACUACUACUACUACUACUACUACUACUACUACUACUACUACUACUACUACUACUACUACUACUACUACUACUACUACUACUACUACUACUACUACUACUACUACUACUACUACUACUACUACUACUACUACUACUACUACUACUACUACUACUACUACUACUACUACUACUAUAAUUGUGAUUUAUGAGUAUUUGAUUUGUUAUAUUUACUCCCCGAAAUAA